AUGAUGUUCAACCUCGAUUCGACCGCUUUCCUCGACAGCUUCUCGGUCGACAAGAUGAGUAUAAACUCCGCGUUACGAACAAGCGACUGCGGGCACUUGGUCAAGGUGGACAUCCACCUCAGGAACUCGCCGUUGCAGGGCUCCGCGCAGACGUACGUCCAGUCCUUUGCGACGGGCGAGACCAUCGAGGGGAUAGUCUCGAUCGUCCCGCAGGAUGAUCUCGCCUUUGAUAAGCUGCACAUAUCAUUCACCGGCGAACAGAGCACCUCGAUCCCCAGCUCGACCCCCUCCAAAGCAACCCACCAAUUCCUGCACCUCAUCCAACCUCUACCAGAAUCAUCCCUUCCCAAUCCCAAGAUCUUUGCCCGCCGCACAAAAUACGACAUCCCCUUCUCUUUCCCCGUAACAGACUACCUCCCCGCAACCGCCUGCCCGCACUCCUCACACCCGCUGGUCAAAGCAGCCCACCUGCACCCACCACCAAGCCUCGGCGACGCCACCAUCGCCGGCUUCGGCGGGCGUCUUCGCGACGACCUUGCGCCGGAGGAUGGGUGCAAGAUCGUCUACACCAUCAUCGCGAGGCUCGAGAGACCCAACCCCACGAGUGGGAUCCAGGAGACGAUCAUGGAGAGGAGGGUCAAGGUACGGAUCAAGCCGCAUGUUGGCGAGACGCCGUUGCCGGAUCUGGAUUUGGGGCGUGCGCUGGAGGGCGAAUACAGCCUCUUCCAGGAUGGGGUCGUAAGGACUUCGUCGACGAAGAAGGGUGGUGGGCGCCUGGCGGUUACCCUCGAGAAGCCAAAGUGCUUCUGGCAUCCGUUGGGCGAUACCGUGCGGCUCAUCAGUAAGGCUGUCCGGCUGACGCUGGUGUAUACGCCUUCGGCAUCCUCGGCUGGGGGUCCUGCCCAGGCGGGUAGCAGUCCUGCGACUACGCCUGCACUCCCGGAAAUCAAAUCGCUCCGCGCGCAGAUCACAGCGACGACGCUGUACACGACGCAGAUCAACGCCCCGCACCACCCGCCACAGAAACGACGGGAUUUCUUCGGCCGCCCGAUCAACUACCGCGACGCCGAGAUCCCACUCUCCCUCCCUUCCCUCCCUCAACUGCGCUGGACGCGCGUGCAAGGAAACCAAGACCACAGACAAAUUUCAAGCCCCAACCCAGGUUCGGAGCACGGACCCAACUCUCCAUCUCCACCACCAGUCGCACAGCCAGCAACAGAGACUGGCGUAGUAUCAUACGUCGCAACCGUCCUUGUCCCCGUAACAUUGACAAAGGACAAAUCCUUCGUGCCGACCUUCCAUUCGUGCCUGAUCUCGCGGAUCUACAGCCUGAGCUUCCAGCUUGAUGUCAAGGGUGCAUCCACGAGUUUCAAGCUCAGGGUGCCGAUGACGAUUGUGGCGGAGAGGGAUCCGGCCGCGUUGCCUUCGUAUAAUGCCAGUUUGGGGGUUAUUGAGACAGAUUGA